AUGGCUGAACGCGCUGCUCCCCUUCGCCUGGGCACUGUUGCCCCCAACUUCCAGGCCGACACCACCAAGGGUCCCAUUGACUUCCAUGAGUACAUUGGCGACGGCUGGGUCGUCUUCUUCUCUCACCCCGAGGACUACACCCCCGUCUGCACCACCGAGCUCGGUGAGAUGGCCCGUCUGCAGCCCGAGUUCGCCAAGCGCGGCGUCAAGCUGCUCGGUCUGUCUGCCAACACCGUCGACAGCCACGAGGGCUGGUCCAAGGAUGUCGCCGACGUCACCGGCAGCACCAUCAACUUUCCCAUGGUCGCUGACAAGCAGCGCAAGGUUGCCUACCUCUACGACAUGAUCGACUACCAAGACACCACCAACGUCGACGAGAAGGGCAUUGCCUUCACCAUCCGCUCCGUCUUCGUCAUCGACCCCAAGAAGACCAUCCGCACCAUCCUGAGCUACCCCGCCUCCACUGGCCGUAACUCUGCCGAGAUCCUGCGCAUUGUCGACUCCCUCAUCACCGGCGACAAGCACAAGGUCACCACCCCCAUCAACUGGGUGCCCGGCGACGACGUCAUUGUCCACCCGUCCGUCAAGAACGAGCAGGCCAAGGAGCUGUUCCCUGAGUUCCGCGCCGUCAAGCCCUACCUGCGCUUCACCCCUCUGCCCAAGGAGAAGACCUCUGCUGGUCUGUAA